UCCAAAUCCAAAAUGGCGGAUCCAUUGACACAAAACACAACGAGAGAAAAUGUGAUGUUUGCCUCUAUUUGCUAAAUCAAUGGACCAGAGAAACUUUCUCUCUGGUAGAUUAAUAUCCCCUCCAGCUCACAGUUCGUUUAGCAGGGUAGAUGAUGGUUCUGAGGGUGUCUCUAAUCGAUAUUUAUACCCGAUGAAUGUGGGAUCUCUACCGUUUGAAGGAAGUGGAAUGUCUGGGAACCAUGCGAGCGAUGCGGACAUGGAAGACGACGAGGGUGCAGAGGAUCAGAACGGAUCUGCAGGGGAGGAAUAUGGUGAGACUGACUUGACGUCGAGGACAUUGUUGGACUCAGCUGAGAGAGUCUUAGUGGCGGAGGGUGGUAAACUUCAUGUCAGAGAAAUACAAGAAAAGAUGGUAGAAUAUGGACUUGUAUCACCAAGUGCCAAGGCCCUUGCAAAUCUCGAGUCCAUCCUCUACAAGGAGACUUUCAGGGAUAAUGCAAAGUUCAAGAGGAUCGAAGGCCAUUUUGGUUGGUUCGCCCUUAUUGAUGCUGAUGUUGAGGACAUGGAUUCUGCAGGUUCAUCUUCAGGAGAAGAAAAUUCAGAGGAAGUUGAAACACCAAGGGCCAGAAAUCUGAAAUCUCGAUUGUUAAAGCAGCCACAACAUGAUUACAAGAAGAAAUACUACACCCUCAAGAGAAUUGCAAAACAGCUCAUAUUUGAGAAUGGUUGCCUUUGUGAUGAUGUGUCUCAAACUGAAGAAAAGCUUACCAGAGCCAAAGCAGAAAGGAAGUUCCUGCUAAAGAGACUAUUCCAGUAUCAAGCAGCAACUGAGGCUGGUGUCUUGCACCCCCAGGGGAUGGGUGGUGCUUUGCCUCAAGAACUCUCGUCUCUUCUUAUCAACCCUUCAGCAACAGCUAACAAGCCAAAGAACUCAAAACUCAAGGCCAAAAAGCCCCCACAAAAGGCCAAGGGGGAGAAAACUACUAAAGUUGGUGCUAAGAAUUUGAAAAGCGGAAAGCAGACAAAAGAAAAACAAGUUAAAGGAGAGAAGACUAAAGUAGCCAGAGUUUCUAAAGCCAGUGCACAGGCAAAGGCAAUGAGCAAAGUCCUGACACAGCUUAAAUCCACUCCUCCCGUAAAGGAUGUGAUCACGCCCUUGACACCUGCCGCAGAAGGUAGGGUGACAGCACCCCCAAAACCCACACCACCACCUAAACCAGCACCAAGUCUGAAGACAACGAUUCCACUAACUGAUGUACCCCCUCUCACAUCGAAAGAAAAGAAACACGAAAAGACAAAGACUGCCAAACCAAGCAAAGCCAAGAAACCAAAGAAAUCAGAAAGUCCCCAGAGGUCCCCUGCAAAUACGGGCAUUGAGUCAGCUUCUGGCUCUGGAGAAACAGGCACAAAGCCAAAAAGAAAGAAACCUGGAACCGCCAUCAAGAGGAAAGUCCAACCCAUUCCUGUUGAUGCAAAAGGCAAGCCUAUAUUCCCCAUUGUGCUUGGAGGCCUCACUGUGCACAGUCUGGGAGAGAUUAUCUGGGACCGGCCCGGGUUUCACUCUGAACGGUACAUCUGGCCAGUAGGCUACUGCAGCUCAAGGACUUAUCCAAGCAUCAAAGACCCUGAUAAGAAAUGCAUUUACACUUGCAAGAUACUGGAUGGUGGCUUUGGGCCUCAGUUUGAGAUGUGCCCUGAGGAUGACAUGGAGCACCCUAUCAUGGCCUCAUCAGCAACAGCCUGCCAUUGUGUAGUCCUGAAAACCCUCAACAAAGCAAGGGGUCGUGAUGCAUCUAACACCGGCUCAGGGCCCGAGUUCUUUGGAUUUUCGCACCCAACCAUUCAGUAUUUGAUCCAGAAUCUUCCAGGAGCGAGGAAGUGUUCUAAGUACCAGUGGGUCAAGUUUGAGCUCCCGAAAGCACAAAAUAAACAAGCAGGUGGUAAGGUAGUCACAGCAGGAUCAUCAGAAGAUGUUGCUGCAAGAUCCCUACCCCCAGACCUACUUCUUCCACCCUACAAGCUGUCGUCGUCAGACCAGGAGGGCAUUGGUGACAGCGGCAUGCUGACUGAGGAUGACAGCAACAUGACUUUUCAUUCCGGCGUGGAUGACGAUGAGAUAUUCGAAGAUAUUGACAUUCAGUCUUCCUUGAGGCCGCUGACUCUUAGUAACACGGGCCCAACUCUCUCGUCCUCACGCCUCCCAAGCCCCCUUUCGCCGAGUCCCACAAGUCACCUUGGGGGAAUGGACACUAGUGCCAUGGAUAUCUCAGCUAUGGGACCCUUGAUGUCAUCGCCAACUCGUCCCCACGCAUUCUCGUCCUCUCUCUCCAUGACCCUCUCGCCACCGAACAUGACGUCGCCGCCGUCGACGGUCACCGGCCACGGCUCGUUUAUCAUCCCGCCGACUUCGCCGCUUUUCGGAAGCGGUUCGGAAUUUCACGACGCCGGGCUCGCAGAUUUACCUAAAUAGACAACUAACAGGUAGAGGAGACAAUUAUACCGAUAUAAGCAUCCUCGGGAACCCAAGGCGUCCCGGAAAUCGUACGUUCGCUUCCGGUCUCCUCGUCGCCCUAGGAUGCGGAUUAGCUGCCUACCCCUUUUCUAUAUUUUUGUUUUUCCAUUCCUUUUUUAAAGGGGUUUCAAAAUAUCCCAAAAAAACAUAGUUUCAUAUUUAGCUUACCAAAUUAAAUUGUGAAGAUUGUUAAAGGGAUUGAAGGGAAGCCGAUGCAAAUGGAUUGUCGCUCUACAGCCGCUUGGGUGGCAAAAUGGAGGCUUACAGAGCCCCGGAUUAAUCUUACAAGUUUACGGAAACUUCACCAAUUUCUAAUAUUUCAUUGGGGAAAAUCCAUGUGGCGUAACCCGCGUUUUAUCAUGAAUAACUCAUGGAUAUUCAUAACGUUCCGCGGGCUACAACAGAGCCCUAGUAGGCGACGCCUUUGAUAUUGUUUUGAUUCCAUAUGAGAAAUGCGGCGAAAUCUCGAAGUAACAAUCUGAAAAUAUAUUUAUACUUCAUUUACCAGAUUUAUUGGAAAAUGGAUUCAAGGGAAAUAGCUUGGCCAAAUUAGGCGUUGAAAUGGAUGCUUCCUCGUAUUUGGUAUUUGGCAAGAUGAUGAAGGCGGCUGACUAAACAGUGCAGCCUUGUCUGGAAUAGAUGCGCGCUUACCCAUAAGAGCGUUGUACAUAGUAGAGAUAAGCAGUAGGGAAUUAUGGCUUCUAGAAACAGGUUCAAUAUCUCUUUGAACCACUGCUUUCAAAAUGAGCGAAAAACAGCUGGUAGCCCACGUUGCAGCCGUGCGCAGAAUAAUAGAAUUUUUUUUCGAUUUGUUCUCAUAUUUCGUGCUGUUUGCUGUUUAUAUAAUCAUCUAAAAAGGCUUGUCAUACACGGGCUAGCAGAUUCCCAAGAACCUAACUAAGUCCUUCGACCAUUUUCAUUGAAGCAAGAAAGGGCACUUAGAGAUAAUUACCUUUUUCGUCGUAGGGAUAUGCAUGCGUUACUCCAAGCCUAAUUCCAGGCGUUCUUGCGGGUUCCCUGUGGCGCUCAUCCCAGCUUUCAUAACUCACGCUCGCCUUCAGGAAUCCCAAACAAAACCCAAAGGAUUGGGCUGCUUGAAGUAUAUAAAAUAAGGCGCCCCUGUGCCGUGAUAGUAGGAUGCUUUGGUGGAGACCCUGGGUGCUUAGGGGAAACACACUCAGAUAGAUGCAAGAUACGAAAACCGCAUGUUCCCUUUUGGUGGCUUUGGCUCAGACGGCCACCAAAGUCUAGCCACCAAAAUAGUGUAAAAGGAACUGUCCAAUCGAAUGAUAGGUGUCAGAUCAUGUCGUGGUAUGUACUCAAUGCUUGACAAAACAAUUAAAGGAAUGGGAAACCGAGAA